AUGCCGUUUCUCGACAAUGACGCCCCGGUCUCAGAGCCGCCGUCGACGCAGCGGCCGCUGCGCACACUUGGGUGGGAGACGCUUCUCGCAGAGGAGGGCACCUUGCAGACCGCGGCUGCUAGCGGCGAUGACAGACAAAGGACAAACCAAAAUAACAACUACGGCAGCCGUGGUGGCGAUGCCUGGACUCGUGGUGCGGGAGCGGUGGAGGUGCAGUGGGAUGGUGUGGGCACGACCCAUCAACGCCCUGCGGCGGCCACCUACACUGCUGCAGUGGCAGGAGGAGUGGUGGAGGACACUGUCCCCCCACUUGUCGCACCAGAGAGCAACUGGCUGGCGCUGCCACAUCCACUAACAGUGCCGCCACAUAUGUCGAGCGAACUGCAGUCACCACGGGAUCCACGCGGAUUAGCAGAGCCACGAACACCAGGUGCAUCACGCUUACCAACAGCGAUGCAUUGGUCAGCGCCCGGUGACUCCCCACCAGCGUGGACUAGGCCGUCAUUCAAUGGCACGGGCUGGCGCCAGAGUCAUCACCACCACCAGCAGCAGCAGCAACAGCAGUCGAUUCAGGGCGGGCAUCUGCUUGUUCUGCAGGAGGUGUUUCCUGCCAUUGGGAGUCGUCGCCACCCGCGACAAGGAAAGACAGAAUAUCCAUCAGGAGUUGCAGAAACCGGUGGUCUAGUCCCACCACAACCGCAACACCAAAACGAGCGUGUUGCGUCAGUUCAAGACUCUCUCAUGAUGACGGGAGGGUCCGCACACAAGUUAUCGCCUGCCAGCCCCGACACCAGAGCGGAGAAGCCGCUGCUGGGGCAAGACGAGGGGGCCUUUUCGCGGAAGGACAUUGUGCGAGAUGCAGAUGUUUGGGACAAUGAUACACAGAUGUCUGAAACGCCAACGAGAACGGCGGAUGCGCAGCAAAGUGCGCUGAUGCAGCGUGAAGACCAUUCAGCGAGGCCGACCAGUUGCGGCGCGCACCGGAGAGAGGCCUCCCCACGCCGGAACUCUCCCGCUUCCCCUGUCGCCGCCUCGCCCUCGCCUAAUGCGGAGCAGCAGCAACUUGUUUCCGCCGCGCAGGCCAUCCAGACGAUGCAGCGGACCGCAGACGAGCUGGCGCACCGCGUGCUGAUGGCGGAGCGCGAACUCCACGAGGGACACGCAGAGUUCGCCGUGCUGCGCAACGACCUCACCCGCAGCCUCGAGGUGGCGGAGCGGGUGGUGCGGCGGAAGAUGAGUGCACUGCGCGAUCUGCGCGCGGAGAAUGAACGGCUGCGGCGUUUGCUUGACUUCUGA